AUGAGCCGGGGCCGGGGGGAACCUGUGGCUGUGAAUGUGGAGCCCGCUGGCCUUAUUAUCUGUAAUACGGCCGCCGCCCUGCCUCUGCUUUCUCCUCCACUCAUGAAUAGAGAAAUGAAUGUGAUGGACGUCAGAGGGCAGGCUCACAGGCUGAGGCCCUCUUUGUGUGGAGCGCUGAUUUCGCCCAGCACGCGCCUCGCUGUGGGCCAGAUUGGCCGCGAGUCCCGUUUCACAGUUAAAAGUGCCUUCCUGCUGCUGGUCGCCAAGAUGCCCAAAGGAUUCCUGGUAAAAAGAAACAAGAAAUCCGCACAUGUUUCCUACAGGACUCGGCCGGACGAAGAUUACCUCCAGGAGCAGCCCCCCGCCCCGUGCACCCGGCCGAGCCGAGCUGACCCCUCCCCGCCGAUGUCCGUGGCGUCCAGUCCGGACCGCGCCUCGGCGUCCAGCCCGGACUUCAGCGCGGCGGACGCCCCGGUGCAGAGGCUGCAGAAGCCGGCGCAGUUCGGCAACCCGGAGGCGGCGUGCCAGGCCAUCUACAGCCCCACCCGGCCGGUCAGCCGCGAGCACGGCCGCGGCUAUUUCGAGCGAAGUUUCAAUCUGGGAUCGCCCAUUUCUGCCGAGUCAUUCCCGACCCCCGCCACGCUGUCCGGCCUGGACCACCUCCUGUACGCCCCGGUGGACCUGAAGAUUGGAACCAGCAACAGCAGCCGCAGCGGCACCACAGCCACCGCCACAACCAGCACCGGUACCGGGACCGGCACCGGAAACCUCCCGGGACCCAGCCACCGGGUCGCCAUCAAAAGACCCGCGACCGACGGAGCCGAACGCAAGUCCAAACCCGCCUCGAAGAAACCCAAAGCCAUUAGGAAACUCAACUUCGAAGACGAGGUGACGACUUCCCCGGUGCUCGGGCUCAAAAUCAAAGAGGGCCCGGUGGACGCCAAGCCCCGGGCGCAGUCCUCCGGGGGGAACAAGCCUCUGGGGGAGUUCGUGUGCCAGCUGUGCAAGGAGGCGUACGCGGACCCCUUCUCCCUGGCGCAGCACAAGUGCUCCCGCAUCGUGAGGGUCGAGUACCGGUGUCCCGAGUGCGACAAGAUGUUCAGCUGCCCGGCCAACCUGGCCUCCCACCGCCGCUGGCACAAGCCCCGGACAACCGGGGCCGCCCCGGCCCCGGCCCCGGCCGCGCCCCCCGCGCCGGGCACCAAAGCCGACGCGGCCAAAAUGCCCCCCCUCGGCGUCAAGUCCGUCUCCGACGAAGCCAAAGACCUGAGCGACAGGGACACCCCGAGCCCAGGGCUGUCCGAGUCCGGCUCCGAGGACGGCUGCUACGACUGCCAGUACUGCGGGAAGAGGUUCAAGCGGCAGGCCUACCUAAGAAAACACAUCACGGGACACCAGGCCCUGCAGAAGAAAGUCCUGGAGGAGCACGGGUUCCAGACCGGCGACCGCCCCGCGGAGCCGGCCCCGGCUUCAGCAUCAGCCUCCGCAGCAUCUGCAUCUGCCUCCGCCUCCUCAGCAUCAUCAUCAUCUUCAUCCUCCUCCUCCUCCUCCUCCUCGUCCUCAGAGGAAGCUGCAAACCAAAGCCCCCUGAACCUGAGCCCGGCGGACUGCCUGCUGUGCCCGGUGUGCGGGGAGAGUUUCACCAGCAGGGCCGGCCAGGAGAGACACCUGCGCCUCAUGCACUCCUCCCAGAUCUACCCGUGCAAAUACUGCCCCGCCACCCUCUACAGCUCCCCCGGGCUCACCAGGCACAUAAACAAGUGCCACCCCUCGGAGAACAGGCAGGUGAUCCUGCUGCAGAUGCCGGUGCGCCCUGCCUGCUGA